GCCGUUGAGACAGUUAGAAUAUAGCUUCAUUGCCUGAAAGGUACCAAGAUUGGCAGAAAAGGACUCUAUCACAUUUCACUGAGCAAUUCAAUCAGAGAUGAUGCUGCCAGUCGUUAUUCUAGUGGCUAUCGCUGGGCUAGCAGCAGGGGCCCCCAACCCCAAGCCAUCGCUUAUUCGUCAAUGCGAAAACAUUGAGUGUCCCGACUAUGCUCAAUUGGAGGUACUUCGUCCCGAUAUGUGGAAAAUGAGUGUAAAACCAGGACGAUGGGUCGGAAGGAUGGCUGAAACCUGCAACAAAACUGAUGCGUUUCUUUCAGUAAUCAAAUACCUUGACGACUACUUUAUAGACAAUGGGAUGGAACGGACACUCCCUAUCGUACUGGAGGUCAUCAAGAACAAACAAAGAUGGAACAGCAGUUCGUACUGUUCCCGCCAAAUGGAAGAAUCCUAUCCUUGCUGUGAAGUAUUAUACAAUCUACUAUUCUAUAUCCCAAGAGCUUCACAAGAGAGUGCUCCACAUCCAUCCAAGGAAUCUGGAAUGAGGCUGUACCCCAUACCAUAUCGUUUGGUAUUCUACGUCAUCUCUUUUGAUGGGCAACCGACCGAUCGGAAUGUGUCAGAGAAGUUCCAAGAGAUUACUGAAUACCUCGAAGAUCAGAGAAUCCCAUUCGAUGAUGACUAUUAUUAUAUUGCAACUGAUUAUCCAUCUGGAUUAGCCCCUUAUCGGAAUGAAAUCUUGAUCGCUAGCUCAACUAGAAAUUCUGAGAGCGAUAAAACAGCGAUGGCGAAUUCAUAAACCAAGGAGGUCCAGAUUAUUGGCGCCAUGUCGACGACCGCGCGUCUCAACAUCGGCCACGUCAAGUUUCGAUUCUCUGCAAAUGAUUUCAAGGUGUUAUUAUUGAUGUGAUAUGAAUUAUUCGUCACCAUGGCUAUGUAAAGCCUAUGACAUGAAAUUAUAUUAAAGGACAAGUACAUCCCAAACAA